AAAGAACUGAAAUAUUCGUGAUAUUAGGUUAAUGGCCUUAUAUGAAAGGGAGAAAUCGGCCUUUAAAUUUAUGAUGAUUUAAGCAAAGCCGUUUGGGUGUGCGUAAUCCAAUUGAAAAUUAACAUACGCGUUUACUAGAGCUCGUUUUGUUCCCUUUCAAUUUUAAAAAAAGACACAAGUAAAUCAAAAUGGUGAUGGAAGCUUCAAUGAUUGUUGUUGACAAUUCGGAAUGGAUGCGAAAUGGAGAUUAUUCCCCUACUCGAUUAGUAGCACAGAAUGAAGCUGUUAAUCUUAUCUUUUCAUCUAAAACACAAUCGAACCCUGAAAAUACGGUUGGCCUAAUGACAGCAGCUGGCAAGGGUCCCGAAGUAUUGGUGACAUUAACAACAGAUGUUGGCAAGAUUCUUAGUGCUUUGCAUGGAAUUAAGGCUGGAGGAAAAUCUAAUUUCUUAACAAGUAUUCAGAUCGCUCAGCUUGCAUUAAAACAUAGACAGAAUAGAAAUCAACAUCAAAGAAUUAUUGUGUUUGUGGCCAGUCCUCUUGAUGCUGAUGAGAAAACACUUGUCAAACUUGCCAAAAAGCUUAAAAAGAAUAACGUUGCAGUGGAUAUUAUCAAUUUUGGCGAAGAAGCUGCGAAUACGUCAAGAUUAGAAGCAUUUAUUAGCAACGUCAACAAUAAUGACAAUAGCCACCUUGUCACUAUUCCUCCUGGACCUCAUAUUUUGAGCGAUAUGCUCAUUUCCACACCCAUCAUUCACGGUGAAGAAGGAGCUGGUAACUUCGGUGGUAGUGGAGGAGGUGACUUUGAGUUUGGUGUUGACCCCAGUCUUGAUCCCGAACUUGCCUUGGCAUUACGUAUCUCAAUGGAAGAAGAAAAAGCGCGUCAAGAAGCAGAGGCAGCAAAGAAGGCAGGUAGCAGUGAGAGUAACACAAAGACUGGGGAAUCCUCCAUGGCAAUAGAUACACAUGCUAAUGACGAAGAUGCCGAACUUCAAGCAGCCUUGGCUAUGUCGAUGAACGACCAAGCUGUUCAUGAUGAAGAUGAAACAAUGGAGGAUUUGAAUGAAGAGGAUGCCCUUAAAAGAGCAAUGGAAAUGUCAAUGGCAGAAGGGCAUGAUGAUAAAGAAGAUGAAGAAAUGAUGUCGGCCGUUCUUGGUUCCUUACCAGGUGUUGAUAAGAAUGAUGAACGUAUCCAAAAGGCAUUAGAAGACAUGGAUAAAAAGAAGGAUGAAAAAAAAUAAAUAGCUUGUUCAUUUUUUUUUUUCAAUAAAAUAAGCUUAAACAGCUUCUCUCUCUCUUUUUGUUUUUUGCAGUGUAAAACAGGGUCUAUAUUCCAUAUAAUAAUAGCUAAUAUAUGUAGUCAUGACAGCAUAUAUGGUUAAUGCAGUACAUGUAUUCGCU